AGCCGUACCACCAAAGAAAGGAUGCUAUUAAAAUCUUGGGACUGGGCUAAAUGAUGUUGCAUUGCAGACCCUAAUAUGGUUAAUGCAGGAGACAUGAAUGGUUCUGGCAACCUGAUGGAUUUUUUGGAUGAGCCUUUCCCUGACGUUGGGACUUACGAAGAUUUCCACACCAUUGACUGGCUGCGAGAGAAAUCACGUGACACUGACAGGCACAGAAAGAUUACAAGCAAAAGUAAGGAAUCCAUAUGGGAAUUCAUCAAGAGUUUGCUGGACGCUUGGUCAGGAUGGGUUGUAAUGCUUCUCAUAGGACUACUGGCAGGCACAUUGGCUGGAGUGAUAGAUUUAGCUGUGGAUUGGAUGACAGACCUGAAGGAGGGUGUCUGCUUAUCUGCAUUCUGGUACAGCCACGAGCAGUGCUGCUGGACGUCUAAUGAAACUACAUUUGAUGACAGGGACAAAUGUCCCCAGUGGCAGAAAUGGUCUGAACUUCUUGUAAACCAGUCUGAGGGUGCAAGUGCUUACAUUCUAAACUAUUUUCUAUACAUUAUGUGGGCUCUAUGUUUUGCUUUCCUGGCAGUCUCUCUGGUCAGAGUGUUUGCUCCCUAUGCUUGUGGCUCUGGAAUCCCAGAGAUAAAAACCAUCUUGAGUGGGUUCAUUAUUAGGGGCUACCUGGGAAAGUGGACACUUUUAAUCAAAACAGUCACCUUGGUUCUGGUGGUAUCUUCAGGCCUCAGCCUUGGGAAAGAAGGGCCGUUAGUUCACGUGGCCUGUUGCUGUGGAAACUUCUUCAGCAGCCUUUUCUCAAAGUACAGCAAGAAUGAAGGAAAGAGAAGAGAGGUGCUUUCAGCUGCAGCAGCUGCAGGAGUUUCUGUUGCCUUUGGAGCUCCAAUUGGAGGUGUACUUUUUAGUUUGGAAGAGGUCAGUUAUUACUUUCCACUGAAAACCCUCUGGAGGUCAUUUUUUGCUGCUCUUGUGGCUGCCUUCACGCUGAGAUCCAUCAAUCCUUUUGGAAACAGCCGACUGGUCCUUUUCUACGUGGAGUAUCAUACCCCCUGGUACAUGGCGGAGCUUUUCCCUUUCAUUCUGCUCGGCGUCUUCGGUGGUCUCUGGGGGACCCUGUUUAUCCGGUGCAACAUUGCCUGGUGCAGGAGGCGAAAAACCACCAGGCUUGGGAAAUACCCAGUCCUGGAGGUUAUCGUGAUAACUGCUAUUACUGCCAUUAUUGCCUACCCUAACCCGUACACCCGGAGGAGCACCAGCGAGCUGAUCUCAGAGCUCUUCAACGACUGCGGCGCCCUGGAGUCCUCGCAGCUCUGUGACUAUAUCAAUGACCCAAACAUGACCCGGCCUGUGGAUGACAUUCCUGACAGACCUGCUGGCCCUGGAGUCUACACGGCGAUGUGGCAGCUCGCCUUGGCUUUGGUGUUUAAAAUUGUCAUCACGAUAUUUACUUUCGGCAUGAAGAUCCCUUCAGGCCUUUUCAUUCCCAGUAUGGCUGUUGGAGCCAUGGCUGGCAGGAUGGUGGGGAUCGGAGUAGAGCAGCUGGCCUAUCACCAUCAUGACUGGAUCAUCUUCAGGAACUGGUGCAGACCUGGGGCAGACUGCGUCACACCGGGACUUUACGCUAUGGUGGGAGCGGCAGCUUGCCUAGGUGGUGUUACCCGAAUGACUGUCUCGCUGGUGGUGAUUAUGUUUGAGCUAACUGGAGGCCUGGAGUACAUCGUACCUCUUAUGGCUGCAGCUGUCACAAGCAAGUGGGUGGCAGAUGCCUUUGGGAAAGAAGGGAUCUACGAGGCUCACAUUCACCUGAACGGUUACCCAUUUCUGGACGUGAAGGAUGAAUUCACUCACCGAACCCUGGCAACGGAUGUUAUGAGGCCAAGGCGUGGUGAAGCUCCUCUCUCUGUUCUGACACAGGACAGCAUGACUGUGGAGGAUGUCGAGACAUUAAUCAAGGAGACUGACUACAACGGUUUUCCAGUAGUGGUUUCUAAAGACUCGGAGAGGCUUAUCGGAUUUGCACAGAGACGAGAACUGAUUCUUGCGAUAAAGAAUGCAAGACAGCGGCAGGAUGGGGUAGUGAGCAACUCCAUCGUGUAUUUCACUGAAGAUCCCCCAGAGCUGCCACCCAAUAGUCCCCAUCCACUGAAGCUGCGGCGUAUUCUCAACUUGAGCCCUUUCACUGUCACUGACCACACACCAAUGGAGACAGUGGUAGAUAUCUUCCGGAAACUUGGACUCCGACAGUGUCUUGUCACUCGCAGUGGGAGGCUGCUGGGUAUCAUAACUAAAAAGGAUGUAUUAAGACAUAUGGCUCAAAUGGCAAACCAGGACCCUGAAUCUAUCAUGUUUAACUAGACUGAUAAAGGAAGAAGAGAGAAAGUAACCUCAAAGGGAUCUCUUCUAGAUUAACACAAAGGCUAUGUUUGGCGUUUCAUUUUGUUUAAAGAGAAAAUAUAAUGUGGAUGAGGAAUGGCCCAAUAUACCUCUGACAGAAGGAGUGGAUGCAGGAUGGCACUUAUUUAAUGAUGCAGGCAGUUAGGAGCUCUGAGCAGCUGCAGACAUCAAGCUGUGUUUCCUUAAUGAGUUUCCUAAUGCCUCAAUUGGUGCAUUUGUGGGUAUAAGUGAUGUGGUGCUAAGAGACAAAGAGCCAGGAGCACCAGUGGGAUACAGCAACAUUCAUAGUAAAUCAUGAGGCAGGUGUGAAGACUAGCAGACACUGUUUAUGUACAUGUUAUUAACAGAAACAAAGUUUUGUGCUCCAAAUUAGAGUUUGUAUGAGUAAUGAUGUCAGUUGUUUUUGUUACUGAAAUCAUGGCUAUUUACUAGCUACUGAAUUAUACUAUUUUCACAGGGAAAGAAUCAUCUUCAUUUAUUUUUGUAAAAGUUAAGUAAAUUAAGACUGGAGUUAAAGGAGUAAGAACACACUUCACUUUAAAACAUUUUGUCCCCUGUUUCCUGCUUUAGUCCUUUGAAUUUAAUACAGUUUAGCAUUUCUAUCAGUCAGUUUCCCUUUAUUAAUGUUAAAAUGUGACUUAUUUGUAAGGAUUUGUUAUUUCUCUAUGCAAUUUUGCAUACAGGUACUGUAAUAUUUAGUAUUAAGUGGUUUGCUACGACAACAGGAAAAAGUAUAAAAGUCCAUGGAGGAAUUUUCACAGGCACAAAAGAAAGUCUGCUGUCCAGCUGUCGUUGAUAUGAGCAACAAGAGAUUCAGUCCUUCACCUGCCUCCUUGUGUGUAAAGAAACAUCAGCAUUUUUCACAAGUUAAUGAAGUUCUGCAUUGAUUACUGACGCUCCAUUUUGUUCAUUUUCUUCAUUACCAUUUCUUGGCAUUUGUCUGCACCUGCCAAGAGAUUAUUUAAAUUAAUUUAAUGGAGUCACAGACAUCUACUCUGCAGCAUAUCUACUCUUUAUCCAGCUUCUGCCAGUCAUAGGACUGUGGAAUACCUCCCCAUAACACCAUAUCUGGAUAAGGGAGGAAAAGGAUUGAGAAUGUAAACAACAAUAUCAGGACUUUAAUUAUUUAUCCUUUUGCUCCAAGAACAUAAGGUUUAAAAGCCCAUGGUAGGGACUUCUGAGACCACUGAGAUAAAAACAAUGAAUUUUCCUAAUCCAUUGUUUUGGUACUAUGAGAUGCACUGAGUCAACAUUGUCUGCGUUUGUUUACUUUUACUUUAGUCAAUACUGCUCUCAGUACAGAAGACCAUAUUCUACUCUCACUAACACAUAACACACACUGCCUAAUGUUUUGUUUCUUCCUAAAAGCUUAAAGAUAACCACUGAAGAGAGUUUAGAUCCUAACUUAGAUGCCCUGAAACUCCCUUUCAGGAAGGGUUUCUGAUCCUCUGAGACACCUUCUUCAUUUAGACUCUAAAUCUCUGGUAUUCUUGCUCAUCUUCAUUCAGAUAAUUUUAGCUCAAGUCAUCGCAUCCAAAAGGUCUUCAGGAACAGAGUUUAAGUGAGUCCUUUCAUACCAAAAGAGCCCACUGCUUGCUACAAAAGCCAGAUUAUUGAGUCAACUUGUAGGCAAUGUGCAUGGUCAUUUUGUCUCUGAACAGAGACAACAAGCCAGGUGCACCCUAAGUUAAAUGCCCAGUGUUAUGUGACACAAAUUCUUCCUCUUAUCUCAAGUGACCUGGCUUCCUUCUGGCAGGUGUCCUGCUGCAUUUGCACAAUGUAUGGCCCAAAUUGUUUAAGUAAAAGAAACAGAAGUAAAAGAAUAAUUUUAAUCUGCUAAGUACUCCAUUUAACAAUAGCAUUUGAAGAGACUGUCAUAAAUAUACGUAGCUCUGGCCAAAGCCCAUGAAUAUUUCAGUGCAUAUUUUCUGCUAACUGAACAUCUGCAGUACAAUACAUUAUUAAAGGGCUAUUGUUAAAACUCUGUAAAUUAUAGGAGCAAGCAACCCCUUUCUUCUGAAAGUAGGGAACGGCACACAAUAUUAUUGUUUCUUGUUUUUUUCUCGGAAGCAGUUAUCAACCAAACUCAUAAAAAAGCAACCAAGUCAACUACCAAACUCAUAAAAAUUGUAUCUCUUCAUUUGAACAGAAAUGCCACCUUAAGAAUCAAUGAAUUUCCAUAAUUAAAACCAACAAGAAGUUUAGUAUAACUAACAAUUUCUUCCCCAAACUACUGAAUCAAAGGGUUUGGGACUGAGAUAAAUAGGCUGACUUUUGAGGGCAAUCUUAUUCUAAAAUUAAAACUGAAUGGACUGUGGUUUAUUUUUCCACUUGUACAAUUUCAAAUACAUAUCAGGUUAAUAUUUUAUCCAUCUCCCUUUAUGUUUACGUGGGAAACAAAUGAGCAUACUCUCCAACUGAACAUUUUAAAAUAAACCUUCCCCUUAUAAGUAAGGGAAAAUAAGUUAGGAAAAGUCCAUUUACCUGCUGUUUGAGAUCAAGCUCUUUGCUACAGGUAUGUCUGGGAAAAGGGAAGGUCUAAAGUUUUUUCUGUUAGCCAGGGCAAUUUCAGUGCACAACACAUUAGCAUUUAGUCCAUGGUAGAGCUAACUGAAGAGUGUUUGCAGUACUGAGGAUGAUGUUUAUUAACACAGACUGGGACAGUACAUCGACACUGAAAAAAUUGUCAUUUCCUAAGAAAAAUGAGAGAGCCAGCUAGCUGAGAUUAAAAUAAAAGUGAAUACAAACUCAUUUGAGUAGUGACUUAUCAGCUUAAACUCAGUCCAAGGCUACGCGUAGGCAAAAACCUGAGUGGCUAAUUCCUGUUAAUACCCAGAGACCUGAUCCGCUAAAGCCAACAGUCAGCCUUGUGAUAUCUUGUCACCUAGGCUUAUUAGACUGCACAUGAGAAGCCUUAAGGACUUAAGAAUGGGAUCCACAAAGUCAUCAUGGCAAUUUAUAAGAAACACCGAGAAAGGAAUUAAGACUUACGCAUUUACUGCAGGUGCAGUUUGAACCUAGGAUUACCACCCAAGCAGAAGGCAGGCAAAUGAAAGUCCAGCUCUUUUCUGUGAAACUUGUUCCUCUUUAGGUGGAAUGGUUAAAUAUUCAAUGGGUCAAAGAGAGAAAACUUGGGGUGUAUAGCUGUAAACAUGAGUGGUUAGACUGCCUCUCCUUGUUGCAAUGUCUGUUCAAAAUACUUUAAAAUAUCUCAGAGCAGGGACUGAAAUCUAGCUCUCCAGAAAUGGCAUAGGAACAGCUAGCUUCCAGCUACUUAGCAUUAUUAAGGCUGAAGUGGUGCUAGAAUGACAAGGGGAGCUUUGAAGCUCAACAGACUUUGUUAAUUAAAAACCUUAGAAGUUCACACACUUACAGAGAGACAGCCAGCACUUGGCUACAAGUUCUUCUGUUGACUUUCCUCCAUGCUGUAUUGUCUCCAUUGCUUUUUUAGCCUCAGUGACUCAAGGAGAAACACUCUUAGCAUAAAUUAAGAACACACUUUUCUCAAAAAUGCAGUUCUAAUGAAAUGAUUUAAUGUAAUUCCCCAUAACAAGCCCAUUAUCAGUCAGUGUUUUCCAUCUGUAUUCCCAAAUGUGUCUCAGAACUUACUGAAUAUACUCCAAGAGGCAUAUAUCUCAGCCUUAAGUAUUUAUUUGAAUUUGUAGAACUCAAGAUAGAGUUACAUAGCCUGAUUAAUCUAAGAGUUUCAUAAAUACUUUAGUAUAUAGUGCUCAGUUUAUACAACCACAGUUCAAUCUUGGUGUUCAAGCUAUUGGACUCCGGUGAUGUCAAACCAAAUGAGAGAACAAAAAUCUCUGAAUGAUGCAAGUUCAGUAUUGUACCUUUGUUUUGCAUGGACUGUGUUCAGUUAUAUUUAGCUUCGGAUGUGUACUUGAAACCAUCUGCACCAGAAAGUCUAUUAUUAAAGUACAGAACAUGGAUGAUUUUAGCCAGAUCCUUUGGCUGUCACUGUAAUACCAACUAUUCUUACGCUUUGAUGAAGCAUAAAAGAAGAAUGUUAAGAAAUUACAGAAGACCCACUGAUUCCAUGUUGGAAUGACACUAUAGUUAUUAAUAUUGUUUUGCUUUGUUUUUUAACUGUAGAAAACAAUAUAUAUGUUGCACCUUAUGAAAAAUGAUGUUUGGAGUCUAUUUUUCAAAUAAAAAUGACAUACAA